AUGGUUCUUAUGUUGCCCCGUGUGUGUGCAGCCUACAGCAUCUGCCGCACACCCGCAGACGCCGCCCAGCUGACCUUGCCCCGUGUGCGUGCGGCCUACAGCAUCUGCCGCACACCCGCAGACGCCGCCCAGCUGACCUUGCCCCGCGUGCGUGCGGCCUACAGCAUCUGCCGCACACCCGCAGACGCCGCCCAGCUGACCGCGUGGACCCCAGGCUGGUUGGCGUACGCUCUAAUAUCACUGAGCGUAUUCACCGGCUGCCUGUUGCUCAACUACAUAGUGAACAAAAUUAACGAAGUUCAUCUUGAAGAGCGGUUGACUACGCUCCAAAACAAAAGCCCUGCUGGCCGAGUAACUCAGGUCCAGAGACCCCUUUUAGAAAUAGCUGAAAGGAGAUACCCUCAAGAAGAAAGAAGGACAGAUCCAGGCCUAGAAAUUUCAAACGAAAGACCAAUCCAAAAUGUUACAGCAAAAGAAGUUGAAGCUAUAUCCGACAAUGUUCAGCCAAAACCAAUAUUCCUUGGUACAAUUUACUCUGAGCUGAUCGAAGUUCCUUCAAAUAGUGUUGUAGACAGAGCAAAUAACGAUAAUGACGAUGUGCUGGACCAAGACCGUAGUAAUACUGUUAUAAAUACUAAAUCGCAAACUGCUUCAGACUAUGUUGAAACACUAGAAACUGAAAAAGUACAUUUGGUAAAAUCUGAAGUUAGAAUUGUAAAUGCUGAUGGUCUGAUUGUUAAAGAGAAUAAUGAGGGCAACGAAGAUUUUAUUAAAUCGUCAGAGGUAACUGCAAAUUGUGUCAAGGCAUCAGGAAAUAUAAAUUUAGACAGACAAUCACCUAUUACUAAUCUGAGUGCUCAAUUUCAAAAUAACGAAAAGGAUAUUAACACCUUAGCUAUGAAAGAUUUGUUGAAUAAUGUGGUACUAAAGCUGAAUGAUCGAUCCUGACAUGAUUAUAAAGUAACUUUGCGUAGUUCUGUUGAUACGUCUUGUUUAGGAAAUGUUCGAUGGUUUUAGAAGGCGAGUGUUUGAUAUUG